AAUCAUUACAUCCUGUAAAGUUUUACACACUUUAGAAUUGGAACAAUGUUCUAGCGAUCAUUUUGCCCGUGAUAGUUUUAUCGCAAACUUCCCUUUAUCACAACUUUCAAUCAAGCAUCUCUAUUUUAAUUUUGACAAGGAAAAUUAUGAACUCUUCUUGAUGAUGCUCCUUGAAAUGAUAAAUUCAAACUUAACCACCUUAUCAACAAAAUUAAUCACUUCAGAUGUUUUACAAAUCCUCUCAACUUAUUGUACAAACAUCACCUCUUUAAACGUCGCAAACAUUCUUCCAAACCUAAACUUCAAAUCUAUGUUACACCUCAUUUCCAUUCUUCCUUUACGUCAAUUAUAUUUAGAAUUACCAUAUUCACAUUUUCAAGAAAAUAUGUUUGAUAUCAACGAUUUAGCUUCUUCCUUACCACCUUCUUUAGAGUGCAUUCAUUUAAAUUGUUUUAUCGCUCCUCAACACUUGAGUGAUUUACUAAAUGAGUCGCGAUCACGUUUUAAAUCGUUAUGGUUAUAUCACGUUGAUGAUAAUUACGUUGAUUAUUUGAAAAGAUUAUACAAAUAUUCCCAAGAACAUGACAAUUGUUUAAAAGAUGUUAAGUUGGGUUGGAAUAAUUUAGUUAAUCAUAGAUGUAGAAGAAAGGACAGAAGGUUGAGCGGUAGCGAUGACGAAUUUCAAAAAACAAUGUCCAAACGCUUGAAAGAUGCCAAAAAUAGCGUUUCUAAAGAGAAGAAAUGGGGAAGUAAAGUAAUCACUAACGAAUCUUUUAUUAUUAAUGAAGCAAAACAUUGCGAUUUCAGUUAUCAUGAAAAUAUUUUUGAAAGGAAAUUAAGUGAUUUUAAAGAUUAUUAA